UUGCAUUGGAGGGGGAUUCUUAACCACUGGAUCACCAGAGGAAGUCCCAAGUUUAUUGGCUUGAAAUAUCAUCUGUAUGUCGAUGAGUCCCAGAUAUUUUCCCCAUCUGAGACCUUCUCUCUGAAUUUACACUGAACUGCCCACCUAACAAUUCCACUUCAUGUCUUGUGCCAUCUCAGGCUGACGGGUCCGAAACUCCUAUUGUUAUGCCCUCAACAAAGCCAGCUCCUCCUCAUCUCCAAUAAUGGGGAAUCCUAGCAGCCAGCAUCUGUUGUGCACCUGUAAUAUGCUAAAUGCUUUACAUAAAUUAUUACUCAGAUUUUCCCAACCAGUCUAUUGGGUAGGCCUUGAUAUUAUCCCUACUAUAUAAAUAAGGAAACAGGCUCAGAAAUGUCACAGUUAGUUGACUGAGAAAGCAGUUUUACUUCAGGUGUUGCAGUCAUGACCUCUAAUUAAAUGCAUCAGUUGAAUUUGGAUGCAGCCUCCAGACCAGCCAGGCUCUUGGAGACCAUGAUUCUUCCUAUGGUACUUAGCAGGUGAUCCCUAAGUGCCAGACACAGUGCUAGGGACUCGACACAUGGCAUCUCAUUUAAUCCCUGCAACAAACUUCUGAGAAAUCUGUCCCUAUCCCUAUUUACAGAAAAGAAAGCCUAGGCUCAGAAAGGUUAGGUGGCUUGUUUCGGGUCACACAGCUUGUUGUUGAUCAAAAUUGAAUGUGAACUCAGUCUUCUCUGAUCUGAAGUGAUAUUUGCCACCACUGUGGUUCUCUGAUGAAAAGCAGAAUGCCAGGUGGCUCUGUUACCUGGAAGAGGUGGAGGCGUGUAUACAGAAGUCCUGUGCCAGCGCCCUGGACCGGAGAGCUACACAAUCUAAACAUUAAACAGAACAGCCGCUUCAAACCCCUGAGAAUCUCAGAAUGACUGACACUUCUGAAGCUGUUCCAAAUUUUGAAGAGAUGUUUGCCAGUAGAUUCACAGAAGGUGACAAAGAAUACCAAGAAUACCUAAAACGCCCUCCUGAGUCUCCUCCAAUUAUUGAGGAAUGGAAUAGCAGAGCUGGUGGCAUCCUGAGAAACAGAGGCAAUUGGUUGCAAGAUAACAGACAGUUUAGAGGUAGGGAUAGCAGACGGGGGUGGCCAAGUGACAAUCAAUCGAAUCAAUGGCAUGGACAAUCCUGGGGUAACAAUUACCCACAGCACAGACAAGAACCUUACUACCCUCAUCAAUAGGGACACUAUGGUUACAACCAACGGCCUCCCUAUGGCUACUACAGAUAGAAGUGUCAGCAACUUUUAGUAAAAUUAUUUACUUUGUUAACAUGACAAAAGUUUACAUUGUAUCUUUUAUUGUUGUUUCUAUAAUCAUCUGAUUAUAGAAAAUGGAUUAUUAAUUUUUUGGAACUUGGAACUUUUUAAAAAUUAGAUCUUACUGGAGAGGCAUGAUGAUUGCUGGAAAUAAAUACUCCCCUAAAAAGGUUGUGGGUUAUAUUGCUUGACUUCUACCUCAGAUUCGUCUUUGUUUCAUGACUUAAUAGUGCUUUGAAUGUUGUAUAUAAUUUUCCUUUUUAGACCUUCAGGAGUUGUCUUUGUUUUACACAGAAAUAAAAAUUUUAUAUAGAAAAUGCUUGCUUUUAAUUUGUGAUAGAAGGAAGUAUACCUACACUCUUAUGUGCGCAUUCCUAAAAUUUUACACUGGGAAUACAAUCAGCUCCUAAAUGCACCACUAUGCCUACUUAUGAUGUAUUGUACACAGUAGUAAUUGAAAGGUAAAACAAUUGUAGUAUAUUUCAUUUGGCUUUUGUCGUUAUGUGAAUGUGGAACUUUGUAAUUACUCUAUAGGUAUGAGUCAUCUUCACAAUCAUUUUGGUCUCUUUUUAGAGGAAUAUCACAAAUAAAGCUGUAAAAUCAGGAAGGAAAAAAAAG